AUGGAUGAAGAGUUUGUCCAUUUCAAUGACCACGUUGGCAUUUUACCCCGAGCUGCGCGUCAAAUCUUCCAAGCCCUACAUGAAAACAGUGAGCUUGACCAGGACGAGUGCACGGUAUCUGUGAGCUUUCUCGAGUUGUAUAAUGAAGAUCUUAUUGACUUGCUAAGUGAUAGAGACAACGAGCGGAAUACGGUACAAAUUCGUGAGACUCGCACUGGCGAUAUAGUCUGGAUGGGUCUGCAACAACGAACAGUAACGAGCGCUUAUGAAGUUGUGAGCUUGCUGCAGCAGGGAAUGAAAAUGAGAAAGACACAUGAGACUGAUAUGAAUGCACAGUCGUCUCGCUCUCAUGCCAUCUUUUCUGUUACGCUAACACGCAAGCGGCGUGGGACGGCCAAUUCCGCGAUGGAACGUACGCCUUCGACACUGGGUCGUCAAAGUCCUGAUAAAACAUUUACAACGCCUCGCACACCACGCUCUGGUUUGCCCACUCUUGGAGGACGAGCUCCCAUAUCGCGUGCCGGGACGCCUACACGACCCUCGACGCCAACCCGCCCUACUGCGUCGCGGGGCGUCGGUGCUUGCGGUACACCUCAGCGCCGAGCCACAGAUGAUGCGACAUGUGUCACCACAACAAGCAAGCUACACUUUGUCGAUCUAGCAGGCUCAGAACGUCUCAAACGAACUGCAGCUACAGGCGAUCGUGCGCGCGAGGGCAUUGCCAUCAACUCAGGCUUGCAUGCAUUGGGUAAUGUCAUCAGUGUUUUAAGUGAUCCAGUCCGCACGAAGCGGCCAUCGCACGUGCCGUAUCGAGACAGCAAACUCACCCGGCUCCUUCAGGACAGCUUGGGUGGAAAUUCGCAUACCCUUAUGAUUGCAUGCAUCUCAUCAGCAGAGGGCAAUGCCGGUGAAACACUCAACACGCUGCAGUAUGCCCAGAGAGCACGAAAUAUCCGCAACAAAGUGGAACGGAAUCAGGUGGAACAAGGCUGGGACAAUAUUGAAUACUUGCAAUCGCAGGUACUUUCUCUUCGUCAUGAGCUUGAGCUGGUGCACAGUUCAAAAGAGCUUGUGAUAUCAUCACCGAAACGACCGGCACGAUUGAUGCCGUCGGAACAUGAGAGUGAGCUUCUUGCAUGGCAAGAAAAGUGCUCGGCGCUGAGUCGGAAAAAUGUGCAGCUAAGCGCACAGCUCGUGCAGCGAGAGCAAGAGCGGCGUGGCACAUCUGUCGAUUUCCUUCAAGCGGCAGAGCCUGUGAUUGUUGAGUAUGAAAAAGCAGUUGAUGCACUUGAAGGUCAGAUCAAUAUGCUCAAGGCUGCCGUGUCCCAUCUUGAGCAAGUCAUCCAAGAUCAAUCCACUGAGAACCUAAGCUUGUCUGAUCGAGCGACGAGUGCGGAGCGCCAAUUGGACGUCCUUCGCGGAUCAGUCCGUGACAUGCACGAGCGGCUGGAUGAGCGGAAUGCGCGGGUUGAGGCGCUUGAACUUCAGCUGCGUCGCGCUACAGCUUCAACUACCAGCACCACACCCCUCUCAUUCCGCACGUCUAGGAGCAGCUCGGCUUCAUCAGAUGCACCGUUCACAACGCCUCAGCGUCCAUUUGGCGGCAUUCUAGAUUACAAAGGCCGCAGUCCGGGGAAACGCACGUAUCGUGUUGCUACGCAGGGGCGAGCGAAAAGCGAACUCGACACCUAUGCGAACCGGCAAACAGGUGGCGGUGACGGUGUUGAAAGCACGCGUCGCAUGUCGCCUUCCGAACAGCCAUUGUCCAAGCGGCAUGUAUCUGACACUACUACAGCACUUGACCGUGAGAGGGCGGCCUAUCCGGUUGAGUUUCGCCCUGAAUGA